CAGCUGACUGUGACGCAGGCGCCUCUCAGCUUCCCGAAAGUCAACAGCAACAGCGGAAAAGCUCAACAUGGCUCCUAAACUUGAACUUCCGAACGCCGCGGCGAUCUUCUGGCUGAUGUUUCUCUCUCUGAUCCCCGCGGCGGAGGCUUACGAUGCGGGGGACGCGUUGGCGAUGCUCCUGGGCACCGUCCUGACCGUGGUGGGUUUCUGCGCCUGUCUCGGCUGGUACGCGCGGAGGCGGAACGGACAGCUGUGAAAGAGACGACCGUGAUCGUGCGCCUGUCCCGUUUUGUUAUCAUCCACCGCAUUAUUACCACCUCCAUGAGCUCACACGGACCUUCUGGCACAAGGUUUGUGGAGGAGCGACUGGCGAGAAACGUGCCUUAUUGGGAUUAACGCGUCAAGCGCGAUGGAAACCACGUGAGGGAAACAUCCAGGAAGUCCAAAACCAGGAACUGUUGUUUGUUGCACUGCUGAGAUUAAAGACCAAACCCUGUUGCCUUCAACAUGAAAAGACUGCUGCACUUACCCUGCCCUCUCCUAUGGAUGCUUGCAUUGCAUAUUGCGCAUAUUUUCCACGCUUUGGAGCGGUGUUCACUGUGAUUUCCUGAUGCGUUUGUGUCUGCAAUGUGCAACACAGCAUUGCCAUUGUUAUAGGCACAAUAUCUGAAGUGUGGUGACAUGACUUGAGUGAAGCUGGUGCGAUUUCCGCAGUUUAAGUAUGUUACAGUGGCUUUGAGAAUAAUAAAUUGAUUCAUCUGAUGCUCUUCA